CAUGAGCGAUGAAGCGGCCCGACAUCGGCUGAGAUGGGCUGCCUGUGAGGCGGGUAAAGGGUGAGGGAGCGGGAGGCGGCAAGCUCCUGUUCCGUGGUCGAAUAUCCGGUCCAGCCAUUCGUGCUCCCUCCACGCAGCCGAGCCAAUGGCAUCGCUCCAACAGGGGCGGGCGGACUCUGGCCGGCCAACGGCAUCGCGGCUUGGAGGCGUGGCCUCGCUGCGCGGGCAAUCGGACUCUUUUUUGUCCCUGAGGCGAAGUCGGGCGGGUUGUGGCGGGCCUGCCUUCCGGAGGGAGCUCUAGAAAGCGGGAGGCCGGGAUGCGGGCGUCGGCGUGUUCCGGCUGAGCCGCGCUCCGGGCCGCCAUGGAGAUCAGCCACUCGGUGAAGGAGCGCACCAUCGCGGAGAACAGCCUGGUGCUGCUCCUGCAGGGCCUGCACAACCGCGUCACCACCGUGGAGCUGCGCGACGAGAGCGUGGCCGUGGGCCGCAUCGUCAACGUGGACGCCUUCAUGAACGUCCGCCUGGACGAGGCCACCUUCACCGACCGCCACGGCCGCGCCCGCCGCCUGCAGGACCUCUUCGUCACCGGCAGGAACGUCCGCUACGUCCACAUCCCCGACGAGGUGGACAUCCGGGCCACCAUCGAGCAGCAGCUGCAGCUCAUCCACCGCGUUCGCACCUUCGGCGGCCGAGGCAAGGGCAGGACCGAGUUCCUUCGGCCGAAGCCGGCGGGCAAGUGACCGGGCGGGCAGGCCGUGGCUGCUUCCCCCGCUCCGCGUGACCGACCCAGCAGCUUCCACUCCGGUUCAAAGGAGAAUCGUUCCUUUGCCAGACCAUGUCGACCAACAAGAACAGUAUUUUCAGCGGCUUUUCUAUUCAGAUUCUGUCUCCGCCCUGAACUGCUUUUCCCCCCUCAAGAAUAAACUUUUAAGCCUUAAAAUUCA